AUGCAGGUGCGGUGGCUGCAAGCCGGGGAGUUCCUGGAGAGCCACGUGCGGCCGGAGCCCGGCUCGUCCCGCGCCGCCUUCGCGCUGAGCCGGGCGGGGCUCCCGGUGCGGCUCCAGCGCAGCUUCUACAGCGAGGCCUUCGCGGCGCUGGGGCUGCACGAGCUGGGCCGGGCGGCGGGGGACGAGAGGUACCUGGCCUGGGGGCGGCGCUGGGCCGAGGCCGUGUGGGGCUGGGCCCGGGGGGCUCCCCUGGAGGGGGGGCGCCCCCAGCUCGCGGGGACCCCCCCCCAGCAGGCGCUGGCGCAGGCGCUGAUGGUGCUGACGGUGGGGCUGCAGCUCUGGGGGGACCCCCCGCGGGACCCCCAAAGCCGGCCCGAGCCCCUGGCAGAGGCCAUGGCCGAGUGGGGGGCGCGGCACGUCCUCAUGCACCUGCAGCGGGGGGACUCGGUGGUGCUGGAGAACGUCACCCCCGAGGGGGGGGAGCUGCCGGGGAGCCUCGGGCGCCUCAUGAACCCCGCUGGACUGGAGUGGUCCAUGAAGCUGUGGUGGCCCCACGCCGAGGCCAUGGUUGCCCUCCUGGCCGCGCUGCGCUUCCAGCCCCGGCCCGGUUUGCUCUCCCAGUUCCUGAAGGUGGCCCAGUACACCUUCGACAAGUUCCGUGACCCCGAGCACGGCGAGUGGUUCGGGUACCUGAACCGCGACGGCUCCGUGGCGCUUUCCAUCAAGGGGGGGCCCUACAAAGGCUGUUUCCACGUGCCGCGGGCGCUGCUGAUGUGUGAGGAGAUGCUGGACGCCAUCUUGGAAGGGGAGGAGCCCCCGCAAUAAAUUCGGGAUUUGGGAGCCCCAAAAGAAAUUUGGGGAUCCAAAAAAAUUCGGGAUUUCCUCCGAAUUAAGCUGAGACCCUUCCCGAAUAAUCCUGGUGAAAGUGGAGAGAGAGGAAAUUGAAAUAAAGGGAAAAAUACACAAUAAAUUCAUGGACCGCCCCCCCCGUCAAAGAUGGGUGUGGGACGUCCCAGAAUUCAAAAAACAAUUGCGUCAAAAUCUCCAGAAAAUUGCCUCAAAAUUGAUUCAAAAUCACCACAAAAUGAUCCCAAAAUCUCCAAAGAAUCACCCCAAAAUCAUCAGUGUCUCCUCAAAAAGGUCAAAUAAAGACAAAAAUCCACAAUUAAUUCCCAAAUCUCAAAAAUCGCCUCGAAAUCACCAAAAAAUUGCCUCAAAAUUGAUUCAAAAUCACCACAAAAUGAUCCCAAAAUCUCCAAAGAAUCACCCCAAAAUCAUCAGUGUCUCCUCAAAAAGGUCAAAUAAAGACAAAAAUCCACAAUUAAUUCCCAAAUCUCAAAAAUCGCCUCGAAAUCACCAAAAAAUUGCCUC